AUGCCAAAAGAAAAAACUAUAAAAAGAACCUGUAAUAAUAUUUCCAAGGAAAUUACCGAAUAUCCAAAAACAAACGUUAUAUUGUACACUGACAGAAGACGAAGCUACCAAUAUGUAGUUAAAAUGGAAGGUCUAUAUCCUCAGCCUUCAGUUUUGGCCUUUUCUCAAGGAAAAAAUAAAUAUAAAAUUCCUGAUUGUUAUUGUGUGGAAACUACAUGGGGUCGUGGUAAUAACAAACGUACAGUAAAAUGCUCUAUCAAUUAUGUAAGAGAUAAGCCGCAUUUUAGGAUUAUGUAUGGGUUGGAUUUUUCAGAAGAGGUUUGUUCAAACAUGUCUUCAACAGCAGCAGCAAAUGCCGUUGUAAGAAAGCUUUUUCCUAACAAUGAGAAGACAUUAAUAUCAGGCAUACAUCUUUUUGGAAUUCACCUGAAAACAUUAAAACAAGUGAGAGAAAAAAAAAAAGAGAAUAUUAAUCAAUCGAAACCAUUAAAACCACUUGAUCUUUGUAGUAAGUCAAUGGUAUAUAAAAGGCAACGAAAUUUUGGAGAUCAAUUAAAAGAACAAGUCCAAAUUAAAGGAGUUAAAAUUUAUGGUGAAGAUCAAGUCACUCUUAAGCGAAUUUUGUAUAAUGUUAAUCACACCGACUUUCAAAUCAAUUAUGGUUUAAAAGAUAAUGAAGAAAAAGAAAAAAAGCUUACAUCAAUAGUACAAAUAAUUGACCAAAAUUAUAUUCCUCGUGAAGGCUACCGGGCUUUGACUGCAAUAGAACCUGAUUUAGAACGUGAAUGGAUAGUAUCAGAUCGAUGA